CACGUGAUAAAUGGUAAUCAAGAAAUUUUCGCCCUGUCUGAAAAAAAUAGUAAAGUAGUCGUUGUGCACAGAAAUGUUGUUAUGCCGUACCUGUAACGAAGAAAGAGAAGGAAAAUUUUGUUCAGAGUGCGGUACUCCACUAAACGCUUCAAAUGUACCACAGGAUCAUGGUAGUACCACUAAGGAAGUACAAUCAAAAGAUGGUGGAAAAGGAAAAAAUUUACAGUCACAUGAUAGUGAUGUGAGUAAUCAACACAUUGUAAAACAAGUACCAGAAGAAGCAUCUAACGCCCAUGCAUCAAAGUUACACCAAAAUGGGAGUAGUAGCCAAGAAAUUCCUCAGAAAGAUCAACCAUCUAAUACUUCAUCCUCCAAAACAAUUCUUCCAAAGGAUGGCUCACAGGAAAAAGAAAACAAAGUUUUAAAUCAAGAAACAAACAACGAUGUUUCUUUUCAGAAAUCAAAAGAUUCUUCUCAACCAAUGGAUGUGGAAAGUAAGGUUGAUAAAAAGCAUGCUGAUGAUUCCCUCCAACCAAUGCAUGUGGAAAAGACAGAUGAGAAUGGGAGGCAAAGGCAGGAAAAAGAAAUUGACAAUGGCAAUGACAAUGACACUAAUGAAGGUAAUGAAAACAAUGUUAAUAUUGAUGAUGGCUAUAAUGAUGAUUAUGUUGGUAGUAACGAUAAUGAUAAUGAUUAUGAUAAAGAAGAAGAAGAAAAAGAAGAAAAAGAAGAAGAAGAAGAAGAAGAAGAAAAAGAAGAAGAAGAAGAAGAAGAAGAAGAAGAAGAAGAAGAAGAAGAAGAUAGUGAUGUAGAUGACAAUGAUGGUGAUGGUAAUGGUGAUGGUGAUGAUAAUGAUGAUGAUGAUGAUGAUGAUGAUUAUGAUGAUGAUGAUGAUGACGAUGAUUAUGAUGAUGUUCAAGACAGAAAAGAUGGAAGAGCAAAGGUGCCAGAAAAAAUAACGAUACUUGAACGUGCAAGUCAACAUUUGCCUGGAACAUCUGGCGCGAGCAACUGUCCUAUUGUUGUUGAUAGUGAUAGUAGUGCUGCAAGUAACAAUAAAAAAAACGCCAAAAAUCGUAAGCGAAAGAACAUGAGGAAAAUGAAAAAAGAAAAUAAGAAGAAAAGAAAGAAAAGGAAAAAAAUCAGUGCUAAUAUUUCGGCUAAAGAUGAAACUACAGAAAACAAAAUGAAAAACCCUCCACAGCAGUCUUUUGGAGCAGCUAUAAAUAACCAACCAACAGCUUCUAGACAGUUUUGCCAAGACUCUGAUGCAAUUUAUCAGAACACUAGGAGUGGCAUGCAUGGUUAUCAGCAUACAUAUUCCAGUGCUGAAAGAAAAGAUCUCCAGUUAGUGAAUAUUCCACACAAACCACACGAGGAAAUGCUAGAGGUACAUUUCUUUGUCACUGUUCCUGAGGAAAAUUACAAAGAAAAAUGGAAAGGAAGCCAUGUCUUCAUAUAUUUCGGAUCACAUCUUUUAGGAUGUUUUGCACAACCAGCAGUAAAAAUGAAUUACAAAUGUACACUUGGGAACAGAUUUGCGGUACUACAUGGAGAACUUAGAGCACCAAAAUUCUACUUCCAGAUUGAAAUAGAGUACAAGUAUGUUAUUCAGAGAAAAGAUGGCAAUAUUGUGUGGGAAUAUUUGUAUUCGCCUUAUUCUCAUCCUCUUCGCAACAGAUUGUUACAACCUGAUUUUCGUUUGUAUCGACAGUGCUGUGGAUUAUAUGAACAAAUAUCAGUUUGGCAUCAAGUAGAUGAUUUUAUACUGCCACCAUCUGAUGAAGCGAACGCUGGUAUCUUCAGUUUUGUAAAGCAAAUUUUUAAGGACAUAAUGAGGUUGUUCUCAGGGAAAAUAUCAGUAUUUGAAAGCCUAAAGGAAUUUUCGAAGAACAAAGCUCCCAUUAUUUUUAAUCUUUACUUGAAAGCUUGUAACGACAAUGCAUUGGUUGGUGGUAAUAUGUUUGAUAAAAUGUUAUUUCUCUUUGGACUCAUACAUGGCUUUAAAGAAUGUUUUACAAGCCGAGAUAGAAUAAAAAUGCGUUGGGAAAAAAUAACAUAUCAGAAUGUUGAGGACUUCAUUGGAAAUGCAAGUUAUCAAUUGAGUAUCUUAUCAGCAAAAGAAUUUAAUCAACCCAUGGAUAUGAACUUGAAACUUAAUAGAGUAGUGACAGCAGUAACCACAUUGUGCUAUCUUCAAGAUUUACCAUCUGUUGAUGAUUUGGUUUUGAAAAACAUUUUUAAAUCAUUAUCUCUAGAAAAUAUUGUGUUUGAAAGUAAUAAAAAUGCAUUUUCAGCAGCCUACAAGUCAAGCAUAAUAGAUGACAGAUUGAUAUUGAAUGGCUUAAGGCAGUUUCUACGAUUUGCAGUUAGAAGUGGGAAAACAGAAUUUGCAGAUUGUUGGUGCUACCUUUUAAUUUUGAUUCAUGUCAUAUCUGGCAAAUGCCCAUUGUAUGGGAAACCUGUGAAGCUGAAUCAGAGUGCAAUUAAUAGCCAAACCUGUGGAUUAGAUGUUCUUGUAGGCAAUGAUGUAUCUGAUACUUUUUUAGAUGCUACAAUAAAAAGUCUGGAUAACUUUAAAAACAGUCUCAAAAUGGAUAAACUGUUACAAAGAUCGUUGCUAUUUUUAAUGAAACUCAAACAUUUUCCUGAAGCUAUGGAAAGUGGUUUCUUUAAAGUUACUUUACUAAUUAGUAAUCUGAUUGGAAAAAUUAGGAAAAAAUGCGUUAUUCACAAAGACGAGGUGAAUUUUCUAACAGAAACUUUAGCCAUUUUGCAAUCUAAAAUCAGCAAUUUGGAUGAUCCUGACAUUUCAGUCAAAGCAAGAUGUGCAAUUAUAAGUAAACUCCUUGUUUUGCUUCAUGUAUCGUUUGCUAAAAUUGAAAUUAAUUCAGACCAUGGGAAUUUUUAUUCGUGUUUUACUGCAACAAUAUUAGAAGCCACAAAAUCGCUAAACUUUCUUGAUGGAGAUGAAUCAUGUGUGUCAAAAAUUAAAAAUUUGGAAAAGCAGAUUAAAGAAAACAUACCAUUGGUUUGUGCAGCUCUAAGAAAGAAUGUUGAAAAAUCAAUGGCUUUUUAUUCUUACAAAGCUACGGAAAUUAAAAAUGUGUUAAAGGUAAUGGACACCUUAAUCAAAAUGUUUUCUCACUGGGAAAGUAAGAGUGAUUGUCAGCUUAUCCAAAUACUUCAUGAUCAGCUAGCUAAAAUGCAUGACUGUUCCAAAUUUGUUGUUCAUGUGUUCUUUAACCUUGAUGUGGUCAGUUAUGGUGCCAAUUUUAAAGAUGUACUGGAAGAAAAGUUUAGGAAGUCCUUGGACAAUCUAUUUGAGCAUAACCAAUAUGGCAAGUGGUUGAACCCAUUAUCACUGAAUAAAGAAGCUUACAAAUAUUUGUAUGAAAAAUUUGAAAAGGAAUGGAAGAAAAAUGUUACUCCAGAAGAAAAAUUACAUCAUUGUUUAUCAUGGGUUUAUAUGAAAAAUAUGUUGCAGUUAUUUAUUAAUUGGAAAGGUGACGACCAAUUAGGAAUAAUUAUUGAGGAUGUACGAAGCACUCUGAAUUGGUUGGUUGACCAUUUGAUACAUUUCACAUUGCCUAUGAAAAUGUUACCGGUAGUAAAGAGUAAAGAAGAAAUAUUUUGCCACUUGCUUGAUAUAAUUUAUCCAGAGGAUGAAAAUGGCAAAAUUGAAAAUAUCAAUGAAACUUUUAAGAGGUGGCAAGACCAAGUAGGCUUCUUUAACCGUACAAAGGCAGACAUGCUUUACUAUCUGGAAUUAUGUGGGAGUAUAUCAGAUAAAAUAACGAAUAUCAGCCACUUUGCUUCAAAAGUCAACAAUGAUGUCAGUGGUUGUCCAGUUAGUGAAAUAUUCGAGAAUGGUUUAGACCAAUAUUUCACUGUGGAUAAAAACUUUUUACGAACAACAGAAAGGAUAAAUCACUUUCAAAUUAAAAGUCUUCAUUUAUUUCAACAAACUUGGAACCAUCAUAUUGGAACAUUACUAAAUCAAAGUCCACUUGAUCAUAUGGAAAUAAUGGAUUCAGUACUGGAGCCUACGUUAACUGAUUUAAAUUCAAUGGUGGAUGAAAUACUAAAUGGCACUAUUACUGCAAAAAAUGUAAAACAUCAAUUGGUCCACAUUGAUGUCAAUGAUUUAAGAUCAGAACUGAGUACUUUGAUCAAUUUCUUCAACCUAAGGCCCACUAAUCAAGAAUCAAUUAUUCAUAAAAUCAAAUGUGUUCUUGACAUAUCGAAGUGCUUAGAAACCACUGAAUCUAUAUUUCAUGUAUCUAGAGAACUAAAGCUUUCUGGCGAUUUUGAAACAGUUCGAAAAAUACAAGAACAGGCUCAACCAGAGCAUGAUAUCUGUCUCAAUGAUAUAACUGAUGCAUUGGUCCAAGAUGCAGAAAAAAUGCUAAACACAACACCUGAAAUGAGAAAAGUUUUUAAUGCUAUAUCAGAUAAUGUAAAAUUCCUUAUAUGGCUUCGAGAAAAUCUGGAAGAUCCAAAGGAAGUAAAAGUUUUUGUGGAAAUGAUGUCAAUCGCAGCUGGGGAAAAUGACUAUGAGGUUGAUCGUGUCACUUGCUUUGAAGCAAGUUGUAUUGCUUUUAGUCAAGUAAUAUUUAGCUUGAAUGAACAGUCUGGAUUUAGAGAACUAUAUGAUGCAUGCAAGCAUGUUUCUGAGCAGUUGGGAAAUGAUAAAAAUGUCAUUACAAAACUUAAAGACAGCAAUGCAAAUCUUGAAUGGUUCAGACAAGCUAAAGAUUCUCAAGGCUCUGUAGCUACAAAAUCAUUAAUGCAAGCAAAAGAAGCAAAUCGUUCAGGUUGCUAUGUAAUUGGAAAUGUAAGAGAUGAAAUUGAUAGAUUUCUCAAUGAAGAAGCAACAUUAACUGAAGUUAUACAACUUACUAUCGGAUCUGGAGAAGAAAAAACAAAGAAAUUGUACAAUCUACAAGACAUUUACGAUCUGCAAAGUAGAUUGAUGCUUCUUGGUGGGGGUUCCUCUACAGAUAAACAAGCUGAGAAAGAGUACUUUUUACAGAUGACAGAGCUCGUGACUAGAUUUGCUAGUGUGUUUGUGGAUUUAUGUGAAGCAGGUGAUGCCAGUGUUCUGGAUUAUCGAAAGAUUGUCCAAUGCGACAUUGACAACCCAGAAAGUAACAAUUGGUUAAAAACAGAGAUUGAGGAACUGGAGCAACAGUUGAUUAAUUGGAAAGCUUCCCUCGGUGAUCAUAGAUCAAAAAAUGCAGUUCUUAAUUAUUUCACUGUAAAACAAUGCCUAGUUUUACAAAAAAAUUUGUUUCCAUUGAUAGAUGAUAUAAAAAACGUUAAGGAUUUACUGCCACAGGUUUUCACCUUGCUGAAAGCUGUAACUGGAGAUAUUACCGUGGAAAGAAUAAAAAACGCAUUUCUUCGUUCAAAAACAUUUGAAGAAAACGAUAAUGAAUCUGAAUGCAAAACACCAGCUGUUGGGACACCAACUAAUUUUAAUCGGAAUUCAUAUCAACAAUUAGAAAAAUAUGUAACUGAUCUACAAAAUGAAUAUGAAUUUGAUGAGAACAUUUCUUUUGCUUGCCUUGUGAAAUGCGUUCCAUUUGAUAUUGGUCAUGCUGUUAUUUGGUGUGCUAAACAGGUUGGCGACAGUGAGGAAAUUGAUAAUCUUGCAGAAAUUGCUAAAGAAGAAAUGGAAAAAUUAAAAGCUGAUGGAAUGGAUAUUGAUGUGGAACAAGAAGAAGACAAACAAGAAAACGAUUCGAAGUUUCUUUCUUUAAAGCAUUUAUCAUUAUUCCUGAAAGAAUUAGCUGAAGAUGGGAAAGGAAUGCAUUCGAAAAAAAAAGAUCGUAAGAUUCCUACUUACCUUUGUCAAGACAAACCGAAUCUAAUUGUUAUCCCAAAUGAUGAUAUUUUUCAUGCCAUCUUAAAUAUGUAUCUUGAUGGAGGAGGUCAAUUGCCAUGUGAUGAUGAGGUUUUGCUAUGUUCAAGUGAUGUAACUGUAGAACAGAUUCAACUGUUGUUCUUGCGUGCUGUGAACAACUGCUCUGGAAUCUAUUGUCUUGCCUUUUCAGACAAGCUUGGAUUUAAUGAUAGUGAAAGAUGUUAUAAAUUUCUUCAGGAGCAAAUGAAAAAAAAAUUCAAAAGCCCAUUGGUUGUUUUAUGCUCCAGUGAAAAUGAAAACAAUUCAUACUUAAUAUCAGCAUUAGAUGCAUAUAGAGUGAAGCUUCCUUUUCACCCCAACAAAAGUAUUGUUAAUGCACUAUUACAUAACAAAUUAUGCCAGCUUUCAAGCCCUGAAAAAUUUCAGUAUGCAUCCCAAGUAGACAGUGACUGUCUUAACGUGCAUGUAAUCAGUUCGGAGAGAGCUGGAAUGGGAAAGUCACUCCUUGUGUCACAAAAGGGUGAUAAGCUUCAAACUCUGACAAGACAGUCUAAACUGUUUCGUAAUCGAAAUUUGAAAAGCAUUGCUCCAGAAACAUUUGUUGUAACUACAUCAUUGCAUGGUACUAAUGUUGAGGUCAAAGAAGUUGUUAAUUCACUUUGUCAAUUUGAAGAAAAAUUAGAAGCUGUGUUUCCUAGAAUCUACCAUUUUGAUGUUGCUCCCACGAUUGGCCAUCAUUUUUUGGAUAUUUUCCUUUUUAAUGUGCUAAUACUUGGCUCUUGUCACACAAGCAGUGGAAAAUUAUGGCGGAAGAAUGAGCACGAUUUGUGUUUAAUUGAGAUAACUAAUACUGUGGACAAGGAUAUGAAAAGCAUUGUUUUAAGAAUGUUGCCAACAAUAAACUGUUUGUCACCACAACAGACUACUACCCAUCUCCAGACUAAUGCCAAUUUCUCAGAAAGCAACCAAAAUGUUUGGUUUGAUACAAAAGAAUUUAAAAAGAUACCUGUUCAACGAGUGUAUCAAUACCUUAAGGUCUAUGACAACUCUCCAGCUGCUGUCAAUAAUUUUAAUUUUAAUGCUAAUGAGGUUGAAGAGAAUUACAAUGACUGUUUGGAAAUUCUCUUAAGAUAUUGUGGUAUUGAUCAGCCAUCUUGGAUGGAGCUUCGUAAUUUUGUACACUUUUUUAACCAACAGUUAUUGGAUUGUGAAGAAAGUGCUUUUACAUGUGCUGUCAUCAACGAAGAUUUGCGUGGAUUCAAAGCUUUUGUUGUGAAAUUCCUGCUAGAAAUGGCCAAGGAUUUCUCAACUCGAUCUUUGACUAGAAAUGAAAUCGAAAGCACAGACAAUCAAAACUUGUUGGUACAAUUGAAGAGGCGCUGGGAACAAACAUAUCACCCAUAUCUUUUCUUCAAUCAAGACCGAAAUACAUUGAGUUUUCUUGGCUUUAAUGUUGAUAGAGGUGGAAAUCUGUUGGAUCCUGAACGUGGCGUUAUAAUUCAACACAACAUUAUGGCAACAACAUUGUACGAUGAUUUAACAAGACAAAUGAGAGGAGAUUUAGUCAGCUUAAACACAAAUUAUAACUUCUUAAAUCGAUACCAAAAGUUGCAGCUCCUUUGCCGUGUAAUGGGAAUAGAUAUUUCAACUGACGAAGGCAUUCAAGACCCUGAUCCAACUUAUGAGUUAACAAUUGACAAUAUGAAGAAGAUUCUUGCUAUUUACAUGAGAUUAAGAUGCGGUAUCCCUGUUAUUCUAAUGGGUGAAACUGGUUGUGGAAAGACAAGACUAAUUAGAUUUAUGUGUGAUUUACGUGCUGGGUUAAAGGGGGCAAGAAACAUGCUAAUAAUCAAAGUUCAUGGUGGAGUUACAGCAGGAGACAUCACAAUGAGAGUGAAUAAAGCAAUAGAAAUCGCAAAAGAGAACAAAGGGAAAUUUAAUCUUUCAACAAUACUUUUCCUUGAUGAAGCUAACACCACUGAUGCUAUUGGAUUAAUAAAAGAGAUCAUGAUUGAUAAACGUGUUCAUGGCAAACCAAUUGCAUUAGCAAAACAUGGUCUUGAAAUUAUUGCCGCAUGCAAUCCAUACAGAAGACACACUCCCAGCAUGAUCUCAAAAUUGGAGUCGGCUGGUUUGGGAUAUCAUGUUAACGCUGAAUUAACAUAUGAAAAAAUUGGUAAUAUUCCUUUGCGACAACUUGUGUAUCGAGUACAUCCACUACCAGAAAGCAUGAAGCCUCUUGUGUGGGAUUUUGGUCAACUAAAUGCUGAUACAGAAGAAGUAUAUGCAAGACAGAUUAUCAAAAGAUAUGAGAAGAAAAGCAUGUUGCCAAAUAAUAGCGAUUUUGUUGAACUUCUCGUAACUGUACUUGCUGCAUCACAAAGAUUUAUGAGGAAUAGAGAGGAUGAGUGCAGUUUUGUAAGUUUACGAGAUGUAGAAAGAGCAGUGCAAGUAACGUCAUGGUUUUACACAAAAAUGCCAUUACUUUUAAACCUGUCCACAGCCAGUGGUGAUGUCAGAGAUGCAUAUUUUACAAUGACUAGUUUUGAGAAGAGUAUUGAUAAACAACGAAGAUCACUAGUACUAGCUCUAGGUGUUUGCUACAUGGCACGAUUGGAAGAUAGAGACACUUAUCUUAGCUAUAUAGCACCAUUUUUUGUUGAUUCUUUUGCUUUACAAGAUGGGCCAGAACAGCUAAAAGAGGAGAUUAGAACAUGUCAGGAAAAUUUUGUAAAAGAACUGAAUCUAGAUGACAACAUUGCAUGCAAUCAAGCUUUAUGUGAAAAUGUUUUCAUGAUGGUCAUAUGUACUGAGCUACGAAUUCCUCUUUUUGUUGUUGGAAAACCUGGCAGCUCAAAAUCUUUAGCUAAAACAAUUGUACAGGACAACAUGCAAGGACAUUCAUCAAGGUCCCAAUUAUUUAAAAACUUUAAGCAGAUUUUUAUGUCGUCAUAUCAAUGCAGUCCGCUUUCCACCGCAGAAAGUAUAAUCAGUACUUUCAAGCAAUGCAGUCGUUUUCAAACUGGGAAGAAUUUAGAGGAAUUCACCUCAGUUGUUGUGUUAGAUGAAGUUGGUCUUGCUGAAGAUUCUCCACGUAUGCCUUUAAAAGCUCUUCACCCGCUAUUAGAAGAUGGUACCGAUGGUUCAGAAGAUUUGACAUUUAAUGGUGAUGCCCUUAAGACAAAACGAGUUGCUUUUAUUGGAAUUUCCAACUGGUCACUUGAUCCUGCAAAAAUGAAUAGAGGAAUUAUGUUGUGCCGUGGACAACCAGAUUUAGAAGAGCUUAAAAACACUGCUAAGGAUGUUUGUGGAGGUAAUCCAUCAAUGAAAGACAGAAUUGUUCCUCUCCUUGACCCCCUGGCACGUGGCUAUCUAGAGGUUUAUAAAUCACAAAAGAAUUGUAGCACCUUACAGAAGUACCAAAAGGAAGAAUUUUUUGGCCUUAGAGAUUUUUAUAGUUUAAUCAAAAUGGUAUUCUGUUUGGCUAAACGUAACCAGAGGAUGCCGUCCUUAAAAGAAUUAGAACAUUGUGUCCGAAAGAAUUUCAGUGGAUUGGAUGAACUAGAUCCAUGGAAGAUAUUCUGGAAAGAGUUAUUACACAUUUUUAUGGAUCAAGUGGAUACUGAAAAGCUCAGCAGCUCUUCGUUAGAUUUUAUCAGGGAUAGCUUUAAAAAUGCUUGUCCUUGUUGUGACAGACCUGGGGCAGAAAAAAAACGAUGUUUCAAUGCUCGUUAUUUGCUUGUCAUGACCGAAGAAUAUGCUGCUUUACCUAUAAUAGAGGAACAUUUCCUUAAAGACCGUGAUGAUGUCAGUGUUAUAUUCGGAAGUAGCUUUCCAAAGGAUCAAGAAUUUUCCCAGAUUUGUCGAGACAUCAACAGAAUUAAAAUGUGUAUGGAGACAGGCCGUACUGUUGUUCUCUUAAAUAUGGAAAGUCUGUAUGAAAGUUUGUAUGACGCAUUAAAUCAGUAUUACGUUUAUUUGGGUGGACAAAGUUAUGUUGAUUUGGGUUUAGGAACACACAGAGUGAAAUGCAGAGUUCACGAAGACUUUAAAUUGAUUGUGAUUGCUGAUAAGGAAGCUGUGUAUAAGUCUUUCCCGAUACCCUUGAUUAAUCGCUUGGAAAAGCACUAUGUAGUAACAUCUAACAGCAUGUCUGAAAAAAAUCAUGAUCUAUCUGAGAAGUUAAAGCAAUGGGCCCGUGACUUCUCUUAUGUCUCAACUGCCAGGCAUACAUUUAGCAAGGCUGAUGCAUUUGUGAGUUACAAUGAUGACACCUGUGCUUCCAUAGUAAUCCAUUUAACCCAGAACGGUUAUACAGAAGAUGAUGAAGUAUUUGAAGAAGGUAAAAAGAAAUUGUUGGAACUUACAACUCCAGACUCUUUAGCCAGAUUGCAGCAAGCAAAUAUACCUGAUGAUAAAGAGGAAUUGUGGAAAUUGUAUUUUAAAGAACAGCAUCAUUCUUCGUUAAAAUCAUUUUUAGAAAGUUAUCUUCAUGAUUCUGAUGAUGUGCUUUGCAAGUUCGUCCAGGUCACCACAUUUUCAAGACUUUUAUCACCCGACGACAAAGAAAAACUAGACUUGGGAGAUCUUGAAAUAAAAAUGAUGUCAUUAAUGCAAUUUAAAACAGAGCAGUCGUUUCGAGAAGCUAUCAAGUCAUUUUUCGAAACUAAAACAAACCAAAGGUCGCUUUUGAUCAUACAAUGCAGUAAUUCAGCAGAAUCCAACAAUUUAGUUGCAUGUGCGCAACAUAUUUGCAAGGAAGAAAAAGCCAUUUGCUGGAAUAGAACAGAUGAUGUUUGUAUUCUGUUCCUGUUGCAAUUGAAUCACACACAUGGAGGCUAUAAAGCAUUAAGUGGAUCACAAUCUUUGUGGAAAUGUAUUCACAUUGAUGAACUGCGAGAAGAUUCUACUUCGUUGCCUUUGCUUAUCUCUUAUGCAGGAAGAUCUAUAAGCUCGAUCUUUCUUGUUGAUGAAGAAGUCCAUGACAAUGCCAACCAUGCUCUUUAUCUUAUAAAGGGUUGUAUUCAAGCAGCGAUGGGUAAAUUAAAUGACGCAAAACAAAUGAGUAACGAGGAUAUCAGUUUAAAAAUAAGAGUUAUAUCAGAAUUGCUCAAUGAUAAUGAAGCAUUCCAAAGAACUGUUAUGAUCUAUUUGAACAAAUGUUUAUGCAGAAAAGAGAAAAUAUCUAUACCUGAUGAAAUUAAUUUAUGGAUUCAAAAGGAAGCAGUGGAGCAACAACAUCUCCCAGAUUAUGGCACAUUUCGAGAAGCUUUAAUUCGGUGUGUCGAAGACAAAAUAACCCCUUUUCUCACAAGUUUUCUGAACGAAGUAGACAAAUGCAAUAAUUUGAUAACACAAACAAAAUAUGAACAAUUAUGGGUGGAACUUUCCGGAUCAGCCGUUGAUAUUCCAAGUCUAGACGAUGACAAUAUACAUUUUGAUAGUUAUGAGUGUUCUCGAUUUCCCUUUUCAUGUCAGAUCAUUCAUAUGAUUGAAACAAUCGUCAAGACGCAUAUGACUACAGAAAUCACUGAUGAGCUUCUGGAGCAAAUCAAUAAAGCUGUUGCAAUUCUCCCUGUGUGGAAACACAUUGAAACAUUGACUCCAGACGCUGUAAAAGAUUACAUGCAUGACUUGAUUCGUGCAAAAUUCACUUGUCCCACUGAAGAAGGAUACCAGGUGCUAUGGCUAACACUGCUUGGUUCUGCAAAAUACAUUUUAAACAAAAUGCCAGCUCAAAUGCAAGAAGAUGACAAUUCAAAUGUUCUAGUAACGCAGUUAACAAUACCAUCAGUUCAUGUAGCUUUAUUCACAUGUGAAACCAAACUAAGAAAUCUGGUCUCCUUGUUUAACCUUAACCCUGAUGUUGCCACAACUGUUUCAGAACAAUACACUGAAGACGACCAUUUGAACAUGGACUUGUUAACAUUAAAAGAAAUGCUGCAGCACCUAAUGCCCAGUGGGGAUACAGUUGAUAUACCUAACUGGAGACAAUCUGUUCCAACAAUGAAGAAAAUAAAGUUAUUGCUCACAGAUGUUGUAAUGCAGAAAGUAACUAAAGGGGAUUUACAAGAGCACUGCAAAUUGCUUUGGACUAAACUCCAUAUUCUACAGUUGUAUACAGAUAACAUUUUGCAAGCUGAAGUGUGUUUGACUGAGUUUGAAAAGAAUUCCAUCACUGCUCUGUGGAAAAUUGUGGAAAACUUGGAAGAUAAUAUGACAAGUAUUGCAUCUUGGAACAAUAUUGAGGAGUUUUUUACUUUAGUCUUCCAGGAACACGAGGAGCUAGCAGAAAAACCUGAAUCUGACGGAGAGGAAGAAUUUAUUAAGAAGUGUCUCUCAUUUUUUAUGGAAAUUGUGACCGAAUUCAGCUUUUCAAGAGAUAUUAAGGAAUUAGAUGAAGAAGUUGUUAAAAGAAUUAUGAAUUAUGCAUUUAACUCAUCUGAGCGUGUAGAGACCAAGCCGUUUUCACCUGUCAAGUAUGCUUUGGAUCCUACGCCAGUUAUUCGAUCCUUUAUUCUACAACAGUUGUUAAAAAGAGAGGAGUAUUUAAUGCCCUUAAUUGAAGAAUGUCUGCUUACAAAUUGGAGUUUGGCAAAAACUGACGAAGAUAAGUGGAACAUAUGCAAGCUUUUCAUACACUGUUAUGAGGACCAUCAAACUGCAGAAGCUUCAGUUCUUAAAUUGCGCAUUGCAAAUCAUAUAGAACACUUGAUAAAAAUUUUAAAGGCUUUGCUUAAAGACAUUGACGAAUGUCCCGUGCACAGUAAUAUCUCCUUAGAAUUGCUCAAACAAGUGGCUUCCACACGAAUGGCAGUUUCAGAAUCUGCCCAGUUGUUAUGUUCAAGAUAUUUCACCAAAGAAAUCCCUUAUGAUCGUGUACUUGAUGAAAAGUUGCAAAGGUUGUUUGCUUAUCUGAUGAAACUGAAUCAAAAAUACAUAAACACCGACGGCUAUUUGUUUUUGUUGAGGCUGAUUAUACGCAGUCAUGGAAGUAGGGCAUUGCAUACCAUAAUUCAGGAAUCACAAUUUGACUGGCUUGCUUUGAAAGUCCAAGAGGAAGAGGAGUGUGUUGAGAUACAACCUGACAUGUAUAUGAUUUAUGGAAAGGAGUACCAAGACUUAAGAGACCAACUAUCGAAGGUUAUUUUUGACAAAGACAAUGUUCAAGAACAAGCAGCUUUACGACAGAUUUACAAUGAUCAUCCUAGUGAUAGUACACUAGUUGAAUUGGCUAUGUUACGAGAAUGUGGCAUGUCACUUGUUGAUGUUCCAGAGGAGACUGUAUCAUCAAUUGAAGAGAUGCUCCAGAUGCAGGGGUUAAUGCAAGCAGCAAAUGAAAUAUCCACAUGCAUUAACGAUACAUGUUUGCUGGAGUUGAUUUACCAUUACAGUGUGAUAUUAAAAAAAUGUAGUGCUCAAGGCCUGAUGUCGUUAUAUGUGUCAAUGGUUAAUAAUCCUCAGGAUGUACAGCUUUAUUAUCUUCCGACAAUGCCCAGUGAUAAUUUUUUUGAAGUUAAGGAUGCGUUACCAAAAGAUGGAGAAUGGAUUCCUCACACAUGUCCAAACGGUCAUGUUUAUUUCAUAACUGAGUGUGGCCGACCGUAUGUGCGUGAUUUGUGUCCAACAUGCGGUGCUGGUAUUGGAGGAAGUAACCAUGUCCCAGAUGUGGGAAAUAUUGCCAUAACAGAUAGGGAUACUACGCAAUCCGGCCAUAGCUUGGGUCCUCCAGAAAAUCGAAUGGAAAAUGCAGUUCCUGAACGCGACCUGUCACCUCUUUCAGUUACAAUACAGAGACUAUUAGUGCAUGCUUCGAUGCUGUUAGCCGCUGUAACAGGACAAGAACAGGUAAUACACUCAAUGAUUUCUCCAGAAAUCUCCAACCACGCCCUUCUUCAGUUUAUUCUUGAUCAUAUCAGACAAGAUUUAAAGUUGUUAAGGUACAUCUUUGGUAAAAGUGAUGAAGAUAUAAACAUAAUCAUACAUAUGUUCUUAAAACAUCUUAUGGAUACUAACGAUGUCUUAGUUAAUCGUUAUGAUCUAAGUACAAAAGAAGGAAGAAAUAAUUAUGAAGUUCAUUUCCAUCAACACUAUAUUGACAGUUUUAUACCAUCAUUGACUAGAAACCUUGAAGAAAUUCGAAAAAGUUUAAUUGGAGAUGUUCGAAUAGGUGCAAAUCCUUUGAUGAGAAAAUUAUAUGAACUGAACGAGGUUGCUAUUCCCGAUUUCCAAGAAAUCGAAUUGAUGACAUGUUCUCAAUUUUGGAGUUAUCGCGAGCCAAUCACAUUGGAGCAUUUCAAGCUAGUUGUACAAGAGAAUGAUGUUAUUACACAACGACAAACUGCAAAAGUUUUAUCUUUGUUUUUACAGAAUGAAUCUAUUCUUAAAUUUGUAAAAGACUUACCCCAUAUCAUUGAGUUACAAAGAAUUCUUCAUACCAACUUAAACCACAAGAUUGACAGAGAAACUGCCAACAAAUGGAUUAUUAAGGAUUGUUUGCAUCAGUUACCGGAAGGUGUUCAAAGAACAGUGCAGAGGCUUCUGAAAAGGUUUUUCAAAGCAUGGAAACAACUGAAUGGAUUGUUAAAAAACUAUAAUCGAGUAUGGAUAGAUUCCAAUUGCCAUCCAAAGAAUAUUGAUAUGGAAAGCAGUCUCGUUUACAUCCUAUGCGAUCAACAAGGACCGGGUUUAUGCAUGAAAGCGCUCAUCGACUUUUUGGCUUUCAAUCAGAAUGAAUUCCUUGAAUCGUACUUCUCAAUGUCGCAGCUGACUGAAAAGCCAAAAAAGGUAUCAACGAUUAAACUGAAAGAAAAUGAUAUCAUUUCGUACACACCAGAAGAAGAUUUGCUGCCACUUGUUUAUGCACACUGUGAUUACUCUUUGGAGAUUGGAAGAGGAACUAAAGUUGAAUACAAUCUUGCAUCUAUUGAGAAACGUUUGAUAGAUAAUAUCUUCUUUGGACGUGCACACAUUGUGAUAGAAAUUGAAGAGUUUAUGUACAGAGAUGAUGUCAAAUCUUCCAAGAGAUUUGUUAGCUUUAAUCAGGCAAUCGAACAGACUAAAAUUCCACACGACGAACAAUCAGGUAUUAUGCUGGAGUUUAAUGAAAUAGCUGACAUUUCCAAUGCUUUGCGAGCUGUUGAAAUUGCAAUUGGUAUGUUGACAACAACUAAAGGCGACCCGCAUAUGUUCUACAAGAGAUAUUUAGUCGAUGUGCUGCAAAUGGACGCAGAUCAAUAUAUCACCAGUACAAAGAUGCAAAAUACAGUCCGUUUAACACAUCUUUAUUCAACAUGGCUUAUGUUAACUGUCGAGAGAGCAAAGAAACUAAAUGUGAGUAAAAAGGAACCAUUUUCUUUUGUCGAAGAAGUUUUUCGUGUAGCUAUAGAAGAGGUUGAAAUUCAAAAAAUAAAAACUUAUCUGCGACAUGUUGAUACACGAGUUUUGCUGUCAAAUCUAACAGAAUACAUUGUAUCUGAAUUACCAUGCAGAAAUGAGAACCAUGCUGAAUUGGCAUUAUCAGAUGCAUUGGAGAUAUAUGAAGAUCAAAAGGGAGUAAAAGAUGACGAAGAGGUUGAAAAAAUACCUCCCAUGGUUGAAUUGAAACACAUUUAUACGUUUUGGAAGUUAGUGGUUAAUGCGAGAUAAACACAUCUUUUGCACAAGUGAAUAUUUUCAUGAAUCAACCUAACAUUUUUAUCUUCAGUUUAACUUAAUAUCACAAGUACCUGCUUGGAAAUGAUUUCUUCUUAGUAUUAUCAAAACAUAAUUUAGUAAAUGUGAA